UCUAAAAUUAUUUUUUUUUAUUUUUCCAUCACAUUUAUGUGUCUAAAUAUCAAUGCUUCAAACGUAGCUCUUUGUUAAGAGCUCUGGUGUAAUAUUUUCCCCAUUUAUUGUCAGCACUUAACAAACUUGCUGCGGCGGUGAUCGAGAUGGGAUCGUUGAACGCUUUGCUCGAAGAAGUUAAAAUGGCGAGUUGAGUUGAACCGCUUCAGCACUCGGUAAUCGCACGAGGUGUUAACGGAGUCAUGAGCCAUCGUAACGGUUCCGUAACCCACAGGCCUCCGGGAACUCCCACCGUUACGCAUUUAAUUGACCUUGCACAGCCGAUACCGACUCUCGUUUCUAACGUCGUCUGCUUCCCGUCCCGUCUCGCGUUGCCUCCGCCAGGCACGGAUCCGAAAGCCCUAACCCUAACCCUAACGCCGCCGCAACACCGAUGGCCUCCUGCGACGACGACUUCGCUCUCCUCGGUGACGAGGGGCAGUCUCACCAUCAUCAUCCCCAGCAGCAGCAGCAAGCUUCAGCAACCGUGGCUGCCGGCCCUGUUUCCUUCUCAAGCCAUCGCUACAUCUCCAAGGCACCGAUGCCAAUUCACUCGCGCAGUAUUCACCUCAACCCAAUCAACUCGAAGAAAGUGGCCAUAGGCGCUGUCAGCCAGGAAGAUGAUCAUGAGGGCUACGGCCAAGCCUUUGCCCAGACGGAUAUGAACCCACACAACCAUUGCUUCACCGGAGACGAUCCGGGAUCAAACCCCUUCGAUCCGGCACAGCAUCCAGAAGACGACGAUGUCGAUGGGGAUGAUAACCCUAGCAACAAGUCCCAUGCGGCGGCAUCUGCUUCCCACCUUCACCACCAGCAACAGCAGCAACACCCCCACCAUGCUUCCCGUGUCGACUCGAAGCGCAGGGACCGGGAUGAGCUCAGCGAUGGAGAAUCGCCAUACGGCUACAACAUCGGUAACAAGCGGUCUAGGUCAGCUUUGACGGCGCCGAAUUCGUCUGGAGACUACCGAAAGGACCGCGAGGAGUGGAGCGAUUCGGCCAUUGGCUGCCUUCUGGAUGCGUAUACGGAGAAGUACAUACAGCUGAACCGUGGAAAUUUAAGGGGGAGGGACUGGGAAGACGUUGCCACUACUGUAAGCGAGAGAUGCGACAAGCAGAAGUCAGGCAAAACCGUGGAGCAGUGCAAAAACAAGGUUGAUAAUCUCAAGAAGCGUUAUAAGGUGGAAUGCCAGCGACUUAGCAGUGGAAACCUUACUGUUAGCCAUUGGCCAUGGUUCAAGAAGAUGGAGCAGGUCGUGGGUUCCUCCUCUUCUUCUAAGGUUGUUCCCGAUGAAGAUAAGGGUGCGGCACUAGGUGAUACCACUCCUGCUCCGAGACAGAUGAAGAGAUAUCCUGUUACCUCACCUGUUUCAUCUAGUUUAACAAGUAAUUUUAAGUUGAAAUCACUAUCAAAUCCUAGAUGGAAGAGAGCCGUUUUGAAAAUUAGUAGCGCUGUAUUAGCUGGGACAGGUCCCCAGAAUGUUGACCCGAAGGUUAUGAUGUUGAUUGCCAAAGAGGUUGCUAUGGCAAGCCGUGUUGGUGUUGAGGUGGCAAUUGUUGUUGGUGGUCGGAAUUUUUUCUGCGGUGAUACUUGGGUGGAAGUUACUGGCAUAGAUAGAUCCACCACUUACCAAAUCAGCAUGAUGGCAUCGGUCAUGAAUGCUAUCUUGCUCCAGGCAUCAUUCGAGAAGAUCGGUGUUGAAACACGUGUUCAAACUGCAUUUAUGAUGCAGGAGGUCGCUGAACCAUACAUCAGACGAAGAGCUAUUCGCCAUCUCGAAAAAGGACGAAUUGUUAUAUUUGGAGGAAUCGGCGUUGGAACGGGAAAUCCGCUCUUCACCACUGACACAGCUGCUGCUCUGAGAGCCUCAGAGAUUAACGCAGAUGUUGUAUUGAAAGGAACCACUACAGAUAUUGUUUAUGACUGCCAUUCCCGAAGCAGCAGCUCUUCAUUUGAGCACAUAUCGUUUAGAGAAUGGAUUUCCAGGGGUUUCAAUGCAAUUGACAUGGCUGCGGUUACUUUCUGUGAAGAAAACAACAUUCCUGUUGUUCUUUUUAAUCUUAUGGAGACCAACAGUAUUUCGAGGGCGCUUUGCGGGGACCAAGUCGGCACCCUUAUUGACCAAUCAGGGAGAGUAAAUUAGCUUAUUUAGUUAAAUAUCAAUAGGGAAAAUAAGCUUUUAGCUUAUUUAACUGUUCCUUUGAGUCUCAGGAGAGACCAGACCCCUGCUAUUGCUGCUGCUGCUGUUGCUGCUGCUGCUUCUGCUACAUUUUCCAUUGAAGGCGAUGCCUUUGCCGAUUUCAUGUAGGCUAUAUCUACUAAAUUUAUCCUCUAUUGUGAAUCUGAAGCUUGUCUAAUUAUGCCAUCUUAUGGCUGAUAUAAUUAUGGUGAAUUAUAAUUGUAAUUAGGGUUAGAGAGAAGAUGAAAAACCACACCUGAGCACCUUUAUGAAUCUAUGUUAUUUAUCUGCUUCUGUAAAUUAUUUAUGUUUUGUGCAAAAUGGUCAAUUGUUUUUUGUCAUUU